GCAAAAUGAGCGCGUCGUCGUCGUGUUCGUCUUUCUGGAUGGACAUCGGGAAUCCGGUGUACGUGGCAUCGCCGAUGGUCGACCAGUCCGAGUACGCGUUCCGGCAGCUCUGCCGACGGUACGGUGCGCAGCUAUGCUACACGCCGAUGCUCCACGCCAAGGUCUUCCUCUCGGACGCGACGUACCAAGCCCAGCGGCUCGACCUCAUGGCCGACGAAGGCCCUACGAUCGUCCAGUUUGCUGGCGACGAUCCCAGGACGCUGCUUGCAGCCGCAAAAGUCGUUGAGAAAUCCGCCGCCGCCGUCGAUCUCAACUUGGGCUGCCCGCAGCCCAUCGCGCGCAAGGGCCAUUACGGCUCGUAUCUCCUGCGUGAGGCCGACACAAUUGUCGACAUACUCCAGUGCUGGACUCAGAACUUGUCGAUUCCUGCCACGUGCAAGAUCCGUAUCAUUGACGAAGGCAGCGCCGACCCAACGAACCGCGGCCUCCAAGCCACGUUGCGGCUCGUGGAUCAGAUCGAAGCCGCGGGUGCCGCCGCGAUUACAGUGCAUGGACGCAACCGCGUCAUGAGCGGCAAGAAAACGGGGCGUGCUGACUGGGCGGCGAUCGCGGCCAUCAAAGCGCGCGUCUCGAUCCCGGUCAUCGCCAACGGCAACAUUGAAACGUUCGAUGACGUGGCAGCGUGUAUGGCCGCGACGGGUGCCGACGCGGUCAUGUCGGCCGAAGCGCUUCUCGAGAACCCGGCGCUAUUCAGCGGUCACGACGUGAGUCCGUUUCAGCUUGCACGCGAGUACUUGGCGCUGGCAGCCGCGUCGCCUCUCGUCGGCGUCAACUUUCACCGGACCGAGAAGGCCCAUGUGGUUCGCAUGCUGCAUGCACCCAUGCGUCAGCUCGUUCGUGCGUCCAUCAUGGAUGCCACCGCGCUCUUGGCCGCGACGCAGUCGCUUCCCGAGCUCAUUGAAGCUGUCGCGUCGAUCGAGACUGCGGCAGCCGCGUUGUCUGCGCAGCAUGUUCGAGGAACGGACGCGUGGUACUGGCGGCACCGUGCCGAUGCUGACAACCCGAGUCGGUCGGCACGCAAAGACAUCCAGCGGCAAUGGCUUGCUGGUGGCUUGCGACUCACCCGAUGACUAAUAGAGAAUUCCAUCG